GCUUUUGGAUACUUGUCAUAUGUUUUCAUAUAAAUUCACUCACAACUUCUUAUGAAUUUCCACGUCUGGUGGUUUCAAGCAUGUUUACAAUUUGGCCUUUGAAUUUAUUAAUUUCCCUUCUGGGUUUGGCCUUUCAAGCUCCAAAUUCUCCUUUCUAUGCUUCCAUUAAUGGUUCAUGGUGUUGGAUUUCUCCUAAUUAUAAAUUCUUUAGAAUGAUUUUUAAUUAUUCCUUUACCUUGACAAUUAAUAUUGCUGAAAAAUUAGUUCUGGUGGGAGAGGGGGAAUUAAGUAGCAUUCUACGAGAAUAUGCAA